AUAAAUAGGAAUCAUAAUAUAUUCACAGGAUUUCUCCACAGCAUUUUAUCUCCUUUCCUUUCCUUUCCAUCAGGACACAUGUGGGGGGUCAAGGCUGAGGGAGAACCAUCUGAAGUAUCACUGGGAAAAGCUGAGGAGCAGAUGCAGGAGCAGAAACUGAGGAGUCAAGAUGGAGCAAAGAGACAAGAGGAGCGACAGACGCACACAGGGGACAAACCUCAUUCAUGCUUGGAGUGUGGAAAGAGCUUCAGUGACAAUAGCAACUUUAUGUCGCAUCAAAGAAUUCACACAUGGGAAGAACCUCAUACAUGCUUGGAGUGUGGAAAGAGCUUCAGUCAGAGUGGCCAACUUACUUCGCAUCAAAGAUGUCACACCGGGGAUAAACCUUAUAAAUGCUUGGAGUGUGGCAAGAGCUUCAGGUGGAGUAGCACCCUUACUUCGCAUCAAAGAACCCACACAGGGGACAAACCUUAUAAAUGUGUGGAGUGUGGAAAGAGCUUCAGUCGGAGUGACCACCUUACUUCGCAUCACAGAACUCACACAGGGGACAAACCUUAUAAAUGCUUGGAGUGUGGAAAAAGCUUCAGUCAGAGUGGCCAACUUACUUCGCAUCAAAGAUGUCACACUGGCGACAAACCUUAUAAAUGCUUGGAGUGUGGCAAGAGCUUCAGUCGGAGUGACCAACUUACUUCGCAUCAAAGAUGUCACACUGGCGACAAACCUUAUAAAUGCUUGGAGUGUGGAAAGGGCUUCAGUCGGAGUUACCACCUUACAGUGCAUCAAAGAACUCACACAGGUGACAAACCUCAUAAAUGCUUGGAGUGUGGAAAGACCUUCAGUCAGAGUAGCCACCUUACUUGUCAUCAAAGAACUCACAUCGGCGAUAAACCUUAUAAAUGCUUGGAGUGUGGAAAGGGCUUCAGUAACAAUAGGAAUGUUACUUUGCAUCAAAGAAUUCACACAGGGGACAAACCUUAUAAAUGCUUGGAGUGUGGCAAGAGCUUCAAUUACAGUAGCACCCUUACUUCUCAUCAAAAAUGUCACACCGGGGACAAACCUUAUAAAUGCUUGGAGUGUGGAAAGAGCUUCAGGUGGAGUAGCAGCCUUACUUCACAUCAAAGAACUCACAGAGGGAACAAACCUCAUAAAUGCUUGGAGUGUGGAAAGAGCUUCAGGUGGAGUAGCAACCUUAUGGUGCAUCAAAGAACUCACACAGGUGACAAACCUUAUAAAUGCUUGGAGUGUGGAAAGAACUUCAGUUACAGUAGCACCCUUACUUCUCAUCAAAAAUGUCACACAGGGGACAAACCUUAUAAAUGCUUGGAGUGUGGAAAGAACUUCAGUCAGAGUAGCCACCUUACUUCUCAUCAAAGAACUCACACUGGUGACAAACCUCAUAAAUGCUUGGAGUGUGGAAAGACCUUCAGUCAGAGUGGCCAACUUACUUCGCAUCAAAGAUGUCACACCGGGGAUAAACCUUAUAAAUGCUUGGAGUGUGGAAAGAGCUUCAGGUGGAGUAGCAACCUUACUUUGCAUCAAAGAACUCACACAGGGGACAAACCUUAUAAAUGCUUGGAGUGUGGAAAGAACUUUAGUCAGAGUAGCCACCUUACUUCUCAUCAAAGAACUCACACAGGUGACAAACCUCAUAAAUGCUUGGAGUGUGGAAAGACCUUCAGUCAGAGUAGCCACCUUACUUCUCAUCAAAGAACUCACACUGGCGACAAACCUUAUAAAUGCUUGGAGUGUGGAAAGAGCUUCAGUAACAAUAGGAGUGUUACUUUGCAUCAAAGAAUUCACACAGGGGACAAACCUUAUAAAUGCUUGGAGUGUGGAAAGAGCUUCAGUGACAGUAGCACCCUUACUUCACAUCAAAGAACUCACAGAGGGAACAAACCUUAUAAAUGCUUGGAGUUGUCAUGGCCCCGUCAGAGGACUCCUCAGAUGAGGACGACUUGGGAGUAACAGCAGCAGACCCAGAAGCAGCAGACCCAGAAGGAGACACGGAGGAGACUCCUGAGAAUCCAGCUCCUUCUCCCCCUCAGCUGCAGAGCACCCCAGAUACAGCAAAGGCCCUGCAGCCAGACGCAGACAGUGAACAGGAUUCUCCUCCCUCACCUGCAGAACGUAGACAGCAGAAGGUCAGGCAGAAGAGAGGCAGGCCUGUCCCCUUAAGGCCAAAACGCUGAGGGCUCACACCUGCUGUCAAACCUGCUUCUUAUGAGGCACACCUUCACUUCGGCUUGUUGCUGACUGCAGCGUCAGGCGUGGCUUCGUGUAUUCCUAGUUUCCUUGCAACCUCUUUUGGACUGACCCCUUGGCACUUGAUCCCGGACCUCUACUGACCUCGCUUCUGGACUCCUGACUCGGCAAGUACGCUUCGGACAGGCCUGGCCCUUAUCAGCUUCCCUCCUCCUAGACCUGGCAGAUUUACGGCCAGACUGCCGGCUAAGGGCUUUGCUUACCUGCCAACCACCCAGGAAUUUCCAGCCCCCACCAGCACUGCUGACGCAGUGUAGAGCUGACAGGAGUGUGGAAAAAGCUUCAGUCAAAGUAGCCAUCUUAUGGUGCAUCAAAGAACUCACACAGGACAAACCUUAUCAGUGCUUGGAGUGUGGAAAGAGCUUCUUUUAGAAUAGCAAUCUUACUUCGCAUCACGAAACUCACACUGGGGACAAACCUUAUCAAUGCUUCGAGUGUGGAAAAAGCUUCAGAUGGAGUAGCGCCCUUACGGUACAUCAAAGAAGUCACACAGGGGACAAACCUUAUCAAUGCUUCGAGUGUGUAAAAAGCUUCAGAUGGAGUAACGCCCUUACUUCGCAUCAAAGAAUUCACACAGGGGACAAACCUCAGUGAGCGAUGUGCCCUUACUUUGCAUCACAGAACUCAUACAGGGGACACACGUUAUCAAUGUUUGGAGUGUGGAAAGAGCUUUUGUCAGAGUGGCCAGCUUGCUUCGCAUCACAAAACUCACACCGGGGACAAACAAUUCUAACACAGGCUGGGAAAGGUCUCAACCUGAAAGGCUUGUUGAAAGAGGAAAGUCUUCAAAAGGCAUCAAAAAGAUAGCAGAGAUGGCGCCUGUCUAAUAUUUAAGCGGAGGGAAUUCCACAGGGUAGGUGCCGCUACACUAAACGUCCAUUUCCUAUAUUGUGCAGAACAAACCACCUCGGCCUCCAUUGCGUCUGCUGGGAGCCGUCCAGCGGAACUGUUUCGAGUGGUUAGGGGGCUUUUAAGUUCCAGCCCCCGUGAGGGUAAUUCUGACCACUCAGCAGACCGCUGUCAAGAAUUUGCACGGCACUUUGCGGACAAAGUCGCUCAGAUUCGCUGUGACUUGGACGCUAAAAUGGAUACAGUCUCUGAGGAUGUAACUUCGGCGUCUGUUUGUCCAAUUAAAAUGGAUUCUUUUCAACUUGUUUUGCCUGAGGAUGUGGACAAGAUCCUUGGUGUGUACUGGACCCUUGCCCUUCCUGGCUCAUUAGAAGUACCAGAGGGGGACUGGUCGAUUGGGUCAGGGGAGUAGUUAAUGCCUCUCUACAACAAGGCAGAAUUCCAUCAUGCUUAAAGGAGGCAGUUAUAAGACCACUGCUGAAAAAGCCCUCCCUGGAUCCCUCUUUACUAGGUAACUACCGGCCAGUCUCCAAUAUUCCAUUUUUAAGCAAGAUAAUAGAGCGUGUGGUGGUCGCCCAACUCCAGAGAUUCCUGGAUGAUACGGAUUAUCUGGAUCCAUUUCAAUCUGGUUUCAGGCCUGGCUAUGGGACAGAGACGGCUUUGGUCGCCUUGGUGGAUGACCUACGCUGAGAACUGGACAGGGGGAGUGUGUCUCUGCUGGUUCUUCUGGACCUCUCAGCGGCUUUCGAUACGAUCGAUCAUGGUAUCCUUCUGGGCCGCCUUGCCGAGAUGGGACUUGGGGGCACAGUGUUACAGUGACUCCAGUCCUUCCUGGAGGACCGAACCCAGAAGUGGUA